AUGUCCUCCUCGAGCUGGUAUACCCCCCGCGAGGACGAUUUCUCCCAGCAGCCUCUCCCAUCUGACAUCUCCAUGAAGGAUGCCACACCACUACUUACCUUUGACGACUCUUUCGACUCGUCAACAGUAGACCCAGAUCAGCUCCUCUUCGGCCCACUCGAUAUGGAGGAGGGCAAUUUAUUCAGUCACCCUACCUCAUCCCAGUGGGAUACUUGUGAUCUGUCCUACCCCCCCAUGUCUCCGCCUACGUUCGCCGGAGACGCGUCAUCCAGCAUGUACAGCAACUCGUUAUCGACCUAUUCUCCGCACGGAGUCAGCGACUCUCCUUACUCUGGUUAUGACGACUUCAAGGGGCACUCGACGACGUGA